AUGCAACCGUCUACAUCUGGUCGUAUCGCUUUAACAAAUAGUCCACAGCAUGCGUCUCGUAUGUCUCAGUUUCAUAUUCUUCAUGAUAAGUUUCCUGUAGGACAGGAACAAAAAUAUGAAAUUUCACCAGUAGAUAUAAAACAAAAACAUCUUGUUAAUUUAUUUCUCACACCUUAUUACAAUACAGAAAUACUUUCAUAUAAUCUUCAUAAUGAUCAAGAAUGUGCCAUAUGUUUUGAACCGUUUUGUCGACAAGAUACUGUAGCAAGACUUGAAUGUUUAUGUAUUUAUCAUAAGAAAUGUUUAGAUGAAUGGGGCCAACGGAAACGAUGCUGUCCUUUACAUAUGGAUAAAAUAGUGUUAACUAAUCUAAAUAAAUUUAAUUCGUCUAAUCAAUUCUUACAAGAACAAAAUAAAUAA